AUGGAUGCAGGAACUAUGAAUUCUUCUUCAAGCUUGAAAGCACAAUCUCCAUUCCCACUUCAGGAACUGUUUCUUCUUAGAAGGAAUUCUAAAGAAAAUUUGGAUAGAUUUAGACCGAACCGGUCGGCCAUGGACAUGGAUUAUGCCCAUUACAUGCUAACAGAAGGAAGAAAAAGGAAGGGAAAAGACAACGCAACGGCUGCUAUGAUGUCACCAUCAAGAGAGGCCUACAGGGAGAGACUUGCGGAAGCCUUGAACAUUAACCGCACUCGAAUUCUAGCCUUUAAGAACAAGCCUCCUGCACCGGUUGGAUUGAUCCCUCGACACCACCUUUUCUCGCCUGUCAAACCCACCAAGCCUCACAGAUGCAUUCCUCAGACUUCGGAGAGGACAUUGGAGGCACCUGAUAUUGCGGAUGAUUUCUACCUUAACUUACUGGAUUGGGGCAGCAGCAAUGUUGUAGCUAUAGCUCUUGAAAACACAGUUUAUUUGUAG